AUGGGUCCCAAAAAGGGUGUUAAAGCUCCAGUUGCAGCUUCCAAGAAGAAACCCGAGAAAGUUACAAACCCCCGUUUCUCGAAAAGCCCGAAGCAAUUCGAAAUUGGUGGGGCAUUGCCUCCUAAGAGGGAUUUGACUAGAUUCGUGAUGUGGCCAAAGGAUGUUCAGGUUCAGAGGAAGAAGAGAAUUCUGAAGCAGAGGUUGAAGGUUCCCCCAGCUUUGAACCAGUUCACAAAAACUCUUGGCAAAAAUCUAGGUCAGUAA